ACCAGCCGAUCUCGAUCCCAUAACUACCAGCCGAUCUCGAUCCCAUAACUACCAGCCGAUCUCGAUCCCAUAUGAGAUAAAAAAGUACAUGUCUCUCUCUCUCCUGCCCCCGUCUCUCCCUCGCCGCCGACCCCCCCACUCAGCCCUCUCAACGAUCCCUUCUCACAUCCCGCGCUAGUCCUAAAACGGGUCCCAAUAGAGAUGCGGGUGAGAAGACGGGGGAUUUAUUUUUUAACGUCUUGUCUGUUUUUUUGUCUGUUUCUUUGUCUGACUGUCUGUCUCGACCAGUCGGGGCUUUACUUCCUCUUUCUAUUGGGGUCGGUAUUGGGGUUGAUUGGGGGUCAAUCACCGAAUACACACCGUCAUCUCCGUCCGCGGGCGGAGAUGAGAACGGGGGUGGCUAUCCAGAUAUCAGAGACGGCUUCACUCAUACUCGCCGCACUUUUCUACUCGAACUCCUGCUCGCAAUCACUCGCUCAUCUUCUUCCAGUCUCGUCUCAUAUUACUAUAUCGGCGUUCCACCAUCUCGCCAUCUUGCUAUCCCAUCCAUCCAUCCCAUCUCAGCUCAUCUCACACAGCUCCAGAUAGAGCCAUCUCAUCUCAUCUCAUCUCAUCUCAUCUCACACGGCAGCAGCAUCUGGUAUCAUGUCAUCUCUUCCAAUGCAUCCAAUGCUACCCUUUUCGUGCAUCUGCUCCCAUAUCCCACAUCCUCUCAUGCAUAACACAUACCACAACCCCAACGCACACCCUCAAUCACACCGUCUCACCCCAAUCCCCCAAUCCCCCAUCCCCCAAUCACCAAUCCCCCCCUCCUCCCAUGUCCUCGACUCCCGUUCCCGUCCAUCUGAACCUGCAGCUAGACACUGCCCUGCAACUAUCAGCUACGCACCGCAACCACAACCGCAACCGCAGCCGGCCCCAGCAGCUUCCCGAUCGAUCGAGGGCCCAUGAUCGACAUACACACACGCCUCUAAAUUUACAACCGCCUCAGACAGACCAGACCCUCCCCCCACACAAACCCUCCACGCAGACGAGCCAAGACAUACAUGUUGCAUGUUGCAAUGCUCCCCAUCAUAUCUCCCUUAGCUAUCUAUCACAUUUCCUGCCCUCUUCCCUCUUCCCUCUGCAAUGGCCGUCCAUAGACGCCGGGCACGGCGCCAUCGGGAGGGCUCCUUGAUCCAACUUCGUUAGACAGUCCCGAACACGCCGGAGACACACAUAUCGUCGAGACCUCCCUCCAUGCCCCGUCGCCGAGAAAUGUAAAAAGGGCCCUGCUCGCCCCCCAUCGACGAAAGAAGAAGAAGAAAAAGAAGCAAUCCAACGAUCCCACAAUCCCCUCACCUCACCUCCAAAAUGGCAUCCCCAGCCAGCACAACCACCCCCCUCCCCCCUCCCUCUCGGGAACCAACAACAGCACACGCCUACAUCCUCCCCAUCCUCUCCCUCCUCGCAAUCUUCAUCCUCAUCGUGCCCUUAAUCUUCCACCUGCGCGCGCGCAACACCGGCGCCUGCGCCCUCAUCGCCUACCUCUCCCUCUUCAACCUCAUGGUCUUCAUCAACGUCCUCAUCUGGCCCGACAACAACUUCGCCACCUGGUGGGACGGCAAGGUCCUCUGCGAUAUCGAGGUCAAGAUCCUCUGGCCCAUCACUGUUGGCGUCGCUGCUUCGACGAUGACUAUCACGCGCUCCCUGGCUAAGGUGCUCGAUGUCGAGAAUAUGGAGUUGAAUCCGAGUAGGGCGCAGAGGAGGAGGAAGGUGUGGGUGGAUCUGGCGAUCUGCUUUGCGGUUCCGCUGCUGAUUGUGGGGUUGCAUCAUGUUGUGCAUAAUCGCCGCUACCUCAUCGUGGCGAUUGGGGGGUGCACGGAUAGCUAUAGUGGGAGUUGGCCUACUAUUGUUAUUAUCUUCAUCUGGCCCCUCAUCUUCACCCUCCUCAACGUUUUUUACGCCGCCGUAGUAAUAACCCGCCUCCACCGCCACCGCUCCAACAUAACCACAAUCCUCACCUCCCACUCCCUCAACUCCUCCCGCUUCCUCCGCCUCUUCCUCCUCUCCCUCCUCCUCCUCUUCAUCUACCUCCCUCUCAACAUCUACUGGUUCUACACCAACCUGACCCAGCUCCCCUUCGAGCCCUACUCGUGGUCCGCCAUCCACGACCCGACGAGGUGGGAGAGCAUCCCGUAUGUGCCGGCGAUGGGGGUGUUUACGUUCGAUCGAUAUGUUCCGGCUGCGAUGGCGCUUUUCGUGUUUGCGUUCUUUGGGGUGGGGACGGAGGCGAGGAGGAUUUAUGCGGCGAUGGCGAUGGGGCUGGGGCUGGGGAAGUGUUUCCCGAGGUUGUUGCAGGAGAGGAGACCUAGUGUGGAUGGGGGGAACGGGGGGUGGUUGGAUAAACUCAGUCUUGUGGCGUUUGGGAAGAGGUAUGUUGCCAAGUUCAGCAGCAGCAGCAGUCGAGGAGGGACUCAGGCUGCUACAGAGAUGGUAUCAACAACAACGCGAACCUCCUCCCGCAAACCCUCCGCUGUGGCGCUGGAAGAUAUAUCCGCACCCUCAUUCACCUUCAAAACAACAUCCCACUCGCACUCCCACACCUCCUCCCCGCGCGCCUCCAUCUCCCCCUCCACCCACGCCUCCCCCUUCCCUCCACAUACAGCCUCUCUCCUCACCCGUCUCCACACCUUCCUCCACCUUUCCCCAACCACCAACACCACAACCACAACCACCUCCCGCACCAACGGCGGUGGCGUCUCAGCCACCUCCACGCGCAGGGGAGAUAUGGAGAUGGAUAUAGGCACAGACACGGAAACCCACGACCUCGUACAGCGGCAGGGGAGUAGGACGCAUGUAUGGAGUCCGCGAUCUCUUGGGCCGCAGGUUGAAGGGGGUGGGGGGGAACCGGGCGGGAGGUUCGAAAGGUUGGGGAGUGUAGGGAGUGAGGGGACUGAUGGGUUGGGGGUGGGAGAGGGGGAGGUGAAGGUUGUGAAGGUUAGGAUUAGGGUUGGGGUUGGGGUUGAGAGGGUGUAG